GUUCCUGACUUUUAUACCACCAUGUGACGAAUCAAACUCCAUUCCGUUCAAAAAAUGAAGUCCACGCGUCCGAAUCGCAUGGCGAGAACACGAAACGAGUCGGUAUGGUCGGCAACACCGGAUCACACCCACCCAGCCAAUCACCCGCUUUCUUCCCAUUAAAGUGCGCGCACUCUGAGUGCUUCCCCGCUAGUUCUUUCUUUCCACCUUUUCUGAAAUCCGAAGCGGAUCACGGCGCUUGCCGCCACCAACGAUGGCGGAGCCGGUGACGGAGCGGUUAGAUCUCUUCUCCCCGUACAAGAUGGGCAAGUUCAACCUCUCUCACAGGGUGGUGCUGGCACCGAUGACUAGGUGCAGGGCGGUGAACGGGAUGCCGGGGGCGGCGCACGUGGAGUACUACACCCAGAGGUCAACCCCCGGUGCAUUCCUCAUCACCGAAGGCACUCUGAUCUCCCCCACGGCCGCCGGGUUUCCGCACUGCCCAGGGAUAUACAGGGAAGAGCAGGUGGAGGCGUGGAAGAAGGUGGUGGACGCCGUUCACGCCAGAGGCAGCCUCAUCUUCUGUCAACUCUGGCACGUUGGCCGCGCUUCGCACCCCGUGUAUCAACCGGGUGGGACUGGGGAGCCAAUAUCGUCGACGAACAGGGGCAUAUCGGGGAGAUGGAGGAUACUGAUGCCCGACGGGAAGCAUGGGAAGUACCCCAACCCUCGCGCCCUCCAAACCUCCCAAAUACCGCUGGUGGUGGACGACUAUCGCCGGGCCGCUGCCAAUGCCAUUCAAGCAGGUUUCGAUGGGAUUGAGAUCCACGGAGCCCAUGGCUACCUCAUUGACCAAUUCUUGAAGGAUGGGAUCAAUGAUCGAAUGGACGAAUAUGGUGGGCCAGUUGCGAACCGCUGCAAAUUCUUAAUGCAGGUAAUUCAAGCAGUAGUUGCAGAAAUUGGCCCAGAGAAAGUUGGUGUGAGAAUUUCACCAGCAAUUGAUCAUCUUGAUGCCAUGGACUCUGAUCCCCUCUGCCUAGGCCUCGCUGUGAUCAAGAGGCUUAACAAACUCCAGGUCGACCUGGGCUCGAAGCUAACUUAUCUUCACGUAACCCAGCCUCGAUACACAGCUUACGGACAAACAGAGUCGGGCAGACAUGGCAGCGAAGACGAAGAAGCUCUGCUGAUGAGGACUUGGAGAAGGGCUUAUCAGGGAACUUUCAUCUGCAGUGGUGGGUUCACCAGAGAGCUUGGAAUGGAAGCUGUGGCUGUGGGGGAUGCUGAUUUGGUAUCUUAUGGGCGCCUGUUUAUCUCAAACCCAGACUUGGUGGUGAGAUUUAAGGUCAAUGCACCCUUAAAUAGGUAUGUGCGGUCUACCUUCUAUACCCAAGAUCCUGUUGUAGGGUACACAGACUACCCUUUCCUUGGUGAGAGCCAUGGGCCAAUGUCACGCCUCUGAUUGGGACUUUCGCUGAGAUUGUGAUGUAUGAUUUGGGCACUGUAUUUGUAACUUGAUGCUUGGUUUUGUUAACUUAUUUAAGACAAGAAAGGAACUUCAGUGGCUCACCCCAACCCCAAAAAAAAAAAAAAAAAAAAAGGAAAAAGAAAGAGGGGCUAGAUUCAA